GCGAGCCAGGCUGAGGGUGGGCGGGAAGCAGCUGGCCAGGCGCUGCUUCCUGGGUGGUGCUGCUGGAGACGGUGGGUGAGGCUUGGCUGGGCGUCCCCACGCGUGACAGCGAGGUGGGUAACGGUAGCCUGGACCCCUCAUUGGUGGCCGUGGCCUGCAGCCGGCUCGGAGCACCUCAGGCGCACCCUGUCUCUAACCGGCGCGGCCAGCUUCUCCUAAGGGCCGUGGCAGGCACCCAGCAGGGAAGGGGAACGGGUGGCGGCCCUGCAUGCCGUGAGAGCCCUAACAGCGCUUCGCGGAGCCCUCAUGACAGCCCUGCCAACGCCACUGCUUCGCAGAGCCUUCAUCCCAGCCAUGCCUGCUUGGCACGAUCCAGAGGAAGGAGGCUUUCUUAUCCCCGGUUUCCCGGCUCAUUCCCUUAACCUUAUGGCAACCUCUCGGCUGAGCUCUGGUUCCCUUCUCUGAAUGAGGGAGGCAGGAGAGUCUGGGCAAAUCAAGCUUCCCUGGGUACCUUCAGCACCAAGAGGUGUCUGCCAGGCAGGCUGUGGGCAACUGAGAGUGCUGAACUUAGACCCCCAUCUCUCCAAAAUAAACUUCAGGCUGGCUGCUGGUGGUGGUUCAGUGGUUCAGGUCACUGGCUGGGUGGGAGAGGCAGCAAGUGUGACACAGCUCAAGGGGAACUGGUGUAUUUUGUGUGUCCAGGCCAGAAGCAAAAUGGGGAGGUGGGACUGGUUGAAACCGAAGGGGCUUUGUGACCCAGAAGGCAGGCACCCACCUUUUUGCAGACUGUAGCUGGCAGCAGAUGCGCUGAGACGCUGUGGAGGUUUGCUUGGGUUUUGGUAUGGGCAGUGUUGCCAUCAGUGACUUGUACAUAGCUGUGUCACACCAUCAGAGCAUGCUGUGCUACAAGGACUUGUCUGAAUGCAGGAGCUGUAGAACUUAAUUCAGUAAAGCCAAGUGCCGAAGGCUAUGCUCAGAGAGCAAACUGUCCAGGCGCAGCUGGGUGCCUGUGUUUGUGGUGUAGGAGGUCGGGUGGGCUUGUCUGCAUGGGGUUUCUGAUACCAUGCACCAGAAAGAAGCUAGCGCUUGGGAGGAACCUCAGGAAAUAGUAGGAUAGCAUAACCUGCAAGGGACAGCCAGAGGGAAUGAAUUCCUUUUAGAGACAAGAAAGGAAAGCUUUCACAUCUGUUAAUACCUGCAUGUAUCUCUCAGGUCUGUCUUGGUACAAGAGGAUGUUCAGCAUUUCCUACCUUCCUCCCUGUAGAUGAGAAGUAAGGGAGCCUUAGUGGAGAUACUGGGGAAGAAGCUCCUCAACAGCAGGUCUAGUGGCACAGGGAUAGAUUUUAUGAGAAGCUGGCUGAGCCUCCUCCAGGGCAGAGGGGGAAGAUGUCAGAGCAAGUGGUGCAGCUCAUCUGACCUGGAUCUUCAGCUAAGUGCAUGAAGCUAUGCUGGCUGUCCUCUUCCCUUGCCCUGCAACGCCCAUGAUCAGUGUGGUAAGCUGCAAAAAUUAGCCUGUGAAGGGGCAAGAAUCACAAUCCCUUUCAGCUGCUGGAAACUGGGGAGGUGAACUGCCAUGGGGAACACCACCAGUGAGCGAGUGUCAGGGGAGCGCCACGGCUCCAAGUCCCACCGCUCAGAUGGCUCCGGUGCCACCCAUCCUGCCAAGGAGCACCCACACAAGAUCAUGGUGGGCAGCACUGAUGACCCCAGUGUUUUCAGCUCCCAUGAUUCCAAGAUUCCUGGGGAUAAAGAGUUUGUGUCAUGGCAGCCAGAUCUGGAGGAGUCAGUGAAACCAUCCCAACAGGCUCGUCCCACUGUCAUCCGUUGGGCUGAUGGAGGCAAAGAGGUCUUCAUCUCUGGAUCUUUCAACAACUGGAGCACCAAGAUCCCACUCAUCAAGAGCCACAAUGACUUUGUCGCUAUCCUGGACCUCCCAGAAGGAGAACACCAGUACAAAUUUUUUGUGGAUGGCCAGUGGGUCCAUGACCCAUCUGAGCCUGUGGUCACCAGCCAGAUGGGGACGAUUAACAACCUGAUUCACGUCAAGAAGUCUGACUUUGAGGUGUUUGAUGCUUUGAAGGUGGAUUCCCUGGAGAGCUCAGAAACCUCAGGUCGGGACUUGUCAAGCUCACCACCUGGACCUUAUGGCCAAGAAUUGUAUGUAUAUCGGCCUGAGGAGCGCUUCAAAUCCCCACCCAUCCUCCCACCUCACCUCCUCCAGGUCAUCCUGAACAAGGACACCAAUAUCUCGUGUGACCCAGCACUGCUGCCCGAGCCCAACCAUGUCAUGCUCAACCACCUCUACGCACUGUCCAUCAAGGAUGGCGUGAUGGUGCUCAGUGCCACGCACCGCUACAAGAAGAAGUAUGUCACCACGCUGCUGUACAAGCCCAUCUGAGCUGGGGCCUCACCCGCCCCCCACACAGGACACCAAACGCCGCUUUGUCUGCACACACUGGGCCACAGGACUGUGCGAGAACUGACCGCUGGCUCCAGCCUCGAACCUGGCAGGGACUUGAGCCCUGGCAAUGAGCCCAGGGCCACUGGGGCUUGUGACACUGUCCCAUCCUACUGGUGUGGUUUGAUUUAACCCUUAGUUUCCGCCCACCUACAGCUCCCCUUGGCUUCUCUGAGUCUCUGGGGCCACUUUUGCUGCUCACCAGAACACUUUUUCCUUGUGCCCAGCAUGGAAAAGGCUUCACCUGCCCAUCUUCUCCAGCCUGCAUAGGCCCCAAGGUGGUCCUGGCAGUGCCUCAAGGAAUAUGUCCUGUCUGCUGAAGGUUGUUGUGCUGUCCUGGUGAUGAGCCUCCAAGGCCACCUUGAUCGCUAUAGGCUGUGGAACAAUGCAGCCUGCCCCAUCCUGCAGCCCUGGCUAUGGUGCUGCCCCCCUCACUAGCUUUGAGGCAGGGCUCUCAGCCCUGGUUGCAGCUCCAACUGUCUGCCAGGUUCAGCAUCGAGCCAGCUGGAGGGAGGAUGGAGCUGGACCGGAUGCAGCCAUGCUUACCUGCCACUGGGACAGCGCCGUUGACAGCACCGUCAAGGACUGAACGCUCUGUCCCCAACAUCAAGUGCUUCUGCGGGGAAUGGCUGACUUCGUCACAGCCAGAGGGACUCCAUGCGCGCCACGCUGGAGGGGCCUGGGAAAAGCGGAGCAGGGCACGUAUCCCAGGACCCCAGCUACACCGCCUGCUGCCAGCGCAGUGCCAUGCAACAGGGUUUUCUCUAUUUAUUACAAUAUUUAUUGAUCUCGG